GGAAACGAAACGUAACUUACGACUCAAGGGCCCUGGCAACACUGGUUGUCCAUUCGUGGACAUCACUAUCAGGUUAACAAAAGCAGGACAAAUGAACACAAUGGCGUCUGAUGAUAACUGGAGGACGCAGGGAUUCCGCCAGAGUGUGGUUUCCAAAAUAGAGGAGGUGAUCCAGCGUUCAGGCAUGCAUGUGGCGCGGAACAGCAGCGAGAUGGAGAACCACGUCUUCACUAAGGCCAAGACCAGGGAGGAGUACAUGAACAUGGUCGCCAAGCUCAUCCUGCAUGUUAGAGAAAUGUCACAACCAAAACAGAACCAAGGUGCACCACAAAUGCAAGGGCCAAAUCAAAAUCAACCAGGACCUAGUAACCAGGUGCAGAGCCAACCAGGGCCUUCAUCACAGGGGCCUAGCAGUCAGGCCGGGCUUGCCCCUGAUCCAAUAAAUGCACUACAGACCCUAGCCUCACAGGGGUCUAGGAACCAAAUGAUGAGUAUGGGACCACAAGGCCAAAUGCAGCAGCAAAGCGUCAUGGCUGGUCAAAUGGGAGGCAUGCAAAGCCAAAUGGGACAGCAGGGUCCAAUCGUCUCCCAAGGUCCUCAAGCACAGACAGCAACAAACCUACUCCAGACUUUGAACCAAAGGCCACAAAUGAAUAUGCAGAUGCAGAAUAAACUUGGUGGUGGUAUGGGCAUGGUGGGCAAUCAAGGGCAGAUGGGUGGUAACAUGGGUAUGGGGACAAUGGGCAACCCCAUGGGGAGUCAAUUGCAGAACCAACUUGCAGGACCUGGCAUGCAAGGCCAGAUGAUGCCAAACAUGUCCAUGCCAAAUACCAUGACAGUUCCAAUGAGUGGAGCCACCACCAUGGUGGGUCAAAUGCCUUGCAAUCAAGUGGGGAUGGGCGGUCAAAUGGCUCCUAAUAAUAUGCAGGGGCAAAUGCCCGGACAAAUGGUGGGCGGCAUGGGCAAUAACCAGAUAGCACUGAACAUGCUGCACAUGCAGGGCCGUGUACAGAACAAGCAGGAGGUGGGCGGCAUGCUGGGCGCUGGAUACCCGCCGACGCGUGCGCCGCCGCCCAACCAGUUCCUGCGCCAGAGCCCUUCGCCCUCCGCUCCAUCGCCGAAUAUGGGCGGGCCCAGUCCCGUGUCUAUGGCUGUAAUGGGCGGAACAAUGCCUUCACCGAUGGGUCUCGGUGGGAUGCCGGGUUGCGGCGGGGUGGGAAGUCCUUCGCCAUCCACACCCUCACAUCUCGCGCACCACGUCACACCACAGCAGAGCAGAGGAGUAGGCAUGGGCAUGGUCGCGUCCCCAUCUUCCUCGCUCAACACUCCGGUGGGGGCGGGGGUCGCGUCCCCCAGCGGCGAGGAGGCGGCCUACAGGGAGAAGGUCCGGCAGCUGUCCAAAUACAUCGAGCCUCUGCGCAGGAUGGUGCAUCGGAUGGUCAGCGAAGGGGAGAAUGUGGAAAAGUUGACGAAAAUGAAAAACUUGCUCGACAUUCUGUCGAACCCGAACAAACGGAUCACGCUGGAGACCCUCAUCAAGUGCGAGGUGGUGCUGGAGAAGUUGGACUUCAAGCGGAGCGAAGGCGUCGUCGUCGGACUGCCGGGAACUGGCAAGGAGCAAAUAUUCAACCCGUUGCUAGAGGUGGUGAACAACUGUCUGCAGUCGCCUUUGGCUAACCACACGCUCAAACGCACCUUCGGUUCAACCCUGGACGCUCUCAACGGACCAGAGAUCAAAAAUCUGCCGCCACCCCAAAAGAUAGCCAAAGUGGAAGAGCCUGAGAUGGAAAUUCCGGACGUAUUGCAGGGUGAAAUAGCUAGACUCGACUCUAGGUUUAAGGUGUCGCUGGAGCCGAUGCAGCUGACGGGCGGGCCGGGCGGGCCGGGCGGGGGCGGCGGCUCGGGCGCCAUCUCGCUGACGGCGUCGCUGGACGACGCGCGGCUGCCGUGCGUGCCGGCCGUGCACGUGUCGGUGCCGCGCGGCUACCCCGCGCCCGCGCCCGGCGCCGCGCCCGCGCGCCUGCGCCCGCGCCCGCACCACCACGCCGCCUCCGCCUUCCUGCAGCGCGUCGAGCAGGCCAUGGACGCAAGAUGCGCCAGAUUACCUAAAAACUGUUCGGUGGGCCAGCUGCUGGACGCGUGGGAGAUGAGCGUGCGGCAGGCGUGUGCGCCGACGCCGGUGCCGUACCGGCCGUGUCGCGCUUUAGGACUCUAAGAUAUUUGUGACGAAACUUAUUCGUAAAUGGUUGAACGUAGGCCGCAUAUAACGAGGUAUGGUCAGCAAGAAAGACAUAAAAAAAUCUCGAUAAAUUUGGUUUUUGCGGUGGAUAUGUUCAGAAAAUGUUACACCUUUUUAUGUACACAACAAUAAUUCAAAUAUAUUCAACCGCUGAUAUUUUUUUCGAGGCGUCUCAUCUAACACAAUGAAAAUGAUAAAUAGCAGAAUUUUACAAAAAAAAACUAUAUUUUGUUUCAUAAGAAACGGUUCAGCUACUUUUGUUGCUGACCGUACUUUUAUUGGUUAUGAAAAAUAUAUUGUGUCUUUAAUUUUAGUUUCGAUAGCUAUAUUUGAUUUUUAACGUCCAAUGUAUGUUAUUUAUUUGUAAGCAUGUCGCAGUUAGAUAUUUUAAUUUUAACAAUAGGUGGGUUGAUUGUAUUAUAUUUAGUGUCAAGGCGGUUUUUUUACCAACUUAUUUAUGAGCAAUUAAAAAUGAUACCAUUUUAUUGAAUUUUUAUGUGCCUUAUGAAACUAUAUUGACGGUUGAUAUUGUAAUUGACUGAGCGACAUUUUAUGUGACACGUACGUUUCAUACAUAUUUAAAAACAGGAUUUUUUUCUAUGUUUUUUUAAAGUAGUUAAUUUUUUUUAUAAAAUGUCGCUUCGGUCAGUUAGCCUUUAACUAUCGAUAUAAUUUUGUAUUAUAUCAUCACUUCACUGUUUCUCUAGCAACUUAUUAGUCUGUUCGAAUAAUUAAUAAUUAUGUGUAACUCAGUUUUACUGAACACUUGGCGGCUUUAGAUUACAAUUUAUCCAAGAAGCCUAUGAAAUAAACUAGACAUGUUAGACCGGUAAUGAGAUCAAUGAAAUUUUCUAUUCUAUUCGGAAACUUUUCCCUCAAAAAAUACACGCAUGAUUAUUUAAUUUAUUUUAAUAAUCGAUCCCAAUCUUAAUCUUCAAUUCAAUCCCGAGAAUGAACCAAUCUAAACAACUCAUUUGUAAGCAUGUCAAAAAAAAAUUCUGAUUGGUCCGUUUUCGCCAUGGAUAGUAAAAGCGAUUGCGAUCGAUGGUUGAAAACGGCGGAUAAACUAUCCAGUAAUCCCGCUGUCAACAAACAUACAAAGCAAUACAACUGCCUUUAUAUUUUACACCUUACCCAAUUUUAUUUAAAUUUUAUGUAAAGAUGUCAAUAUUUAUGGCCUGAAGUUAGUCAUAGGUGGCUCUGUGGUUUAGAGCGAGAUUUAGAUUAGCAAGAAAACUUAAGAAGUCAACUGCAAACGAUUUGUACCGUGUAUAGAACCGCAAGCUGAUGUCUGCAAAUUUUGAAGCUUGCGGGACUUGUGGCGGGUCGUAUGUGUAGAGAAUUAUUGAACUGUUGCCGAUAAUGUUAGGGAUGGGAGUUCUCGCGCAAUACAUUACUCUAAGAACUUGCUAGUCUGAACUUAGCUUCACGUACUAAAGAGAACUGGUGGCAUACAGUCCCCAUAAAAUGUCUAAAUUCAGACCGGUCAUAAAGAUUGACGUUGUUUGUAUAAUGUAUUGUCUUGAAUAAGGGAUCCUCGUGGUUUUAAACAUUUUAAAUACAAUGUUGAUUUACAGGUGUGAUAAUAAAUCUGUGAUAAUUUCGAUACGAACUGAAUUAUUAAUUAAAGAUGUAAUAGUGAUUAAUUUUCUAAAUAAUUUAUAGAAGUCGCAUGCGUUUAGAUUCAGUCGAUGCAAGAAUGACCAUAUAAUAACUCAUAAUAUGAUCUCUCACAUAAAAUAAUGUGAGAGAUCAUAAUACAAAUACAUUUUAACUGUAAAAUAAAUUAAGUCUGAUAAAAAAAAAUUAACUAACCAGACUUAAUUUUUUUAUUACCUUUUUUUAGUAAUACAUUUCUAUUAGUAUGUGCAUUCUUGCGCAGGUUUUUUAUCCAUUGCCUAUAUUCAUAACAGUUGGUUUUUGUUAGCUAACAAAAUUAUAGCGACUGGCAAUUAUCACCACUGACACUUAGAGGUCAAUUAGCUAUGUCACAAAAAAUCAUUCCACAAAUGAAAAAAUGUGGAUAACACGAUACAAACAGGGGUCCCUUUUGAUAUAUUUUGUUAAGUGAAAGUGAAAGACAGCAAUAAAUUGUUUAAAUAAAUGAUUAAACCUUUA